AGAGCAGGUGGAACAGGUCGGCCCGCUCCGCAGACACACCUGAUUCUUUGUCAGAGCCACAGUUGCACCUCCGCCUGCCUCAGAGCUGAACCUGAGGCUCACUUCAGAGACACAAACAGACAAAGAUGGACGAUAUGGCAGAGAUGGUCGGGCAGAAAGUGGGAAGCCUGGUGGGGCAGGCGCUGAAAAGCGCAAUAAAUUCAAAAGACGGGAAGAAAGCAGGAGCAGGAGGAGCAGGAGGAGGAGGAGGAGCAGGAGGAGGAGGUGGCGGCGGCGUCCUCUCGUUUCUCGGGGGUAACAAGAACAAAAAUGACAAGGCUGGUGACAAGAAGAAGAAAGAUGAGAACGAAGGAUCCUUCUCAAAAGUGCCCAAUAAUGACGAGAGUGGGGGGAAGGGGGGCAGGAAAUCAGGACCCAGUGGUGUCUUUGGUGAAGGGGAUUUUGCAGGAGCUGCAGGAGGGAACACAGGACCAACCAUGGGAGGAGGCGCAGGAGGAAGUGAACGCAAAGGUGGAGCUGAAGGACCAAGUGUAGCUACAAGCGAUCAAGGUAUGGAUGAAGAUCUGAAAUAUGAAAGUCUGAUGAGUGUUUGUGUCAGAUCAGCUGAUCGCUGAGCAGCGUAAACAGUGAAAUCUGUUUACAGUGGAGAUUUCUCUCUCAGUUCCAGGCAGAAACUAAACUGCUAAAACUUUAAACCUGCAUCUGCCCAGAAUUCACUCGAGGUAUCAAACCUGUGUGACAGCAGAGGAGGGAAUGACCCCCUCCUGCUCCGGGGUCCCAGAUAUGGGACGUUCACUCUGACUCCGUUUUUCCUGUA